AUGUUUAUUUCUUUCUAGGGAGGGAAACGACCCCGAGGACUACAGCCGGAUCACCUACAAGAAGCUCCUGCAGGAGGUAUGCCGCUUCGCCAACGUGCUCAAGGACCACGGCGUGCAGAAGGGGGACCGCGUCGCCAUCUACAUGCCCAUGAUCCUGGAGGUGGUGAUCGCCAUGCUCGCCUGCAGCCGCAUCGGAGCAGUCCACGCCAUCACGUUUGCGGGUUUCUCGUCGGACUCCCUGGCCGAGCGGAUACUCGACUCGAAGAGCAAGCUCCUCGUCACGGCCGACUGUGUCAUGCGUGGCGAGAAGCUCAUCUGCCUUAAAGACAUCUGUGACGCGGGUGAGAGCCAUCGGCAUGCAGUCAACACACACACACUGUCGGCAGUCAAUUUACAAAUGCGAAGGAAAAGGUUUCGCAGAGUUACUUGUCUUUGUCGAGAACACUGUUAA